AUGAGAGGGAGUCUCCGGACAAGCAAGCCCUCUAAGCCCGAUCCUCCCUUUGUACCAUUCGCCAUUGAUGAUUAUGCCGUUGAUGGGUAUGCCUUUAAUGGAUAUGCCAUCGAUGGCCCAGUGCAAGAUGUGCAUAAUGAAUCUCAUACUCAUGAGUUGUUGGACAGCAUCAUGAUGAGGAUCACGAAGAGCUCUGUGGGAGAAGAUGACACGCUAGACGAAGAAGACUUGCAGGCUAUCCUUGACGACGCUGAAACCACCACGGAGGAAAGAGAGGCCACUUCAGGGGCCCUCGGGGAUUGCCUUCCUGCUCUGGAUGAUCAUGAUGCUGACUUUGCUGACGUUGACGACGAUAACCAGCAAGAAGAUGAUGAAGAUGAUGACAACGACAAGGAUACCAUGACUUGA